AUUUUAUUCAACGCACGCCAUGUUCAAAAGCGCUGUACGUGCAGCCCGUCCCGCCGUCCUGGCCGCUCGGGCGUCACUCAACCCGUCGUCUUCUGCUCUUCGCGCUUUCUCUACAAGUGUCCGUGUUUCUUCCGGACCCCCUCCUCCCCAGCUUUACGGUACGGGAGGAAAGGCUGGUGAAGUCCCCACAGAUUUGGAACAGGCCACCGGUCUCGAGCGUCUGCAGCUUCUUGGAGAGUUGGAGGGCAUUGAUGUCUUCGACGAUAGUCCGUUAGACUCUAGCCGUAUCGGCACAAAAGCCGACCCCAUUCUCGUUCCUUCUUACGACGUCGAACGCAUGGUUGGUUGCUCCGGGUCCCCGGCUGACUCGCAUGAUGUUCUUUGGUUCAUGUUACGCAAGGAAAAGAUUGCUCGCUGCACAGAGUGCGGUUCAGUAUACAAGCUCGAUUUCCACGGCGAAGAGCAUGCCGAUGCUCACCACCACUAGGCUACUAUUUGUUGUGCCAUAGAUUUGCAAAGCAAGCAAAAAGUAUCUUUUGUCGA